AUGUCGUUCUUGAGCUCAAACGUCAGCAACGUGAACCUGACGCCGAAAGCAAUGGACAAUCAACCGCCGCGGAAUGAAAUAUUAGCUCGGAUCGAGAUCACGCUGCUCGGUGUUAUCUUCCUGAGCGCUACGGCUCUGAAUCUCGGUCUCUUGCUCGUGCUAGUGAGGAGGCGCGGGUCCAUGUCCCGCAUGCGCGUCUUUGUUUUGCACCUGUGCCUGGCGGAUCUCGCCGUUGCUUUUUUCCAGGUGUGUCCUCAGCUCCUGUGGGACAUCACGGACCGUUUUGUAGGUCCAGAUUUGGUGUGCCGCUUGGUCAAGUACCUACAGGUGGUCGGCAUGUUCGCCUCUGCUUACAUGAUAGUUGUGAUGACAUUAGAUCGCUACCAAGCCGUGUGCAACCCCAUGGGCACUCUGCAGAGGAGGAGAGCGCGCUGGAACUUGCCGGUGUGCAUCGUUUGGGCAGUAUCCCUUGUGGGCGCCCUGCCGCAGAUUUUUAUUUUCUCCCGCGUCCAAGUAGCUCCAGAGGUUUUCGACUGCUGGGCGCAAUUCGUACAACCCUGGGGACUUAAAGCAUACGUGACGUGGACAACUUUGGUCAUUUUUGCGCUGCCGAUCUUGACAGUGAUCGUGUGCCAGGUAUGCAUUUGCCGCGCCGUGAGGGUCAGAUUGCACAUGAACACGCACCGUGAGGGCUGCACAAAUGCUAGCAGCGUGUUCGGACUCUCCAAGGCGCGCGUAAAGACCGUCAAGAUGACCGUAGUAAUCGUCCUCGUUUACGUGGUUUGCUGGGCGCCUUUCUUCACCGUGCAGCUGUGGUCAGUGUGGGACGACGACGCUCCGACUGAAUCUGCAACAUUCACCAUCCUUAUGCUGCUUGCAAGUCUGAAUAGCUGUGCUAACCCCUGCAUCUUCCUUGUCUUCAGUGGCCCAGGACCCAAGCAACUGUUGACACUGAUGUGUACGAGCCACAGUGAAAGUAAAAUGUCUGUGCCUGAGGAUGCCACAGUGUUCAGUACUGUCUACCUUAGCUUAAAGAGUCUCGCUUAGAUAAAAUCCUUGGCCUCAUACCUAUGAAGCUACCUAAGUGUUGUGGUGAUGGAAGAUUGAAUCCAA